UGGUAUACUUCAAAUGUCAACUAUUGUUGCGAUUGUAAUAAUGUAUUCUAAGUAAAGUAUAUGUGUCACGUCUUCAUUAAGUGUGACGAAAUUUAUUUAAUUAGAUAAGGUAUAUGUGAACUGUUAUGAUAAUUCACGCGAGAAUUUUCGAGAUUAAGUUUCGGUCACCUACGUGUACGAAGAAGUUGGUCCUUGUUCCAGGCUUUAUGUUUUCUCCCUUGAAAGGCAUUCCAUUAACAUGGAUUUUGCUUUGUUUUUAUCUCGAUAGCGUAAUAGGUAUCAACGCCACAGAUGUUUAUUUGACCGCAUGGGAAAACUGGAGCAAAUGCAAUGUUUCUUGUGGGCAGGGUCAUCAAACUAGGUCACGCACGUGCCCUGACAUAGAAUUCAAUGACAAUUGUUCCAUAUCGAUUCCAGAAAUCCGAAUUUGCCACAAUGGUCAUUGCAAUGGAAAAACAAAUUUAUCCCGAAGCCGUAAGGGAGACAAACACGAGGACACUACGGGGCUGGAGAAUGCCGUCAACAGCGCUGUAUACAGUUCAGUGAUUUUCGUCCCGGGGAUUAUUGGUUUCAUUUUUGUAUGUAUACGAACACAUCGAAAAACAAAGAUGGAGGAAAAACGACUCCAAGACUUGGAAAGGCGAAAAUUAUCCCUUCGUGAUGAUGAAUUUAUAUAGCGUGCAUUUUAAAUUUGGUGCUUCUUGUAUCGCGACAAUGGCAAUGCUUUAUGCCGGUUCAUAUUCAGGAGUCCUGGAGAAAAACAGGAAAUACUGAAGUGUUUUAUUGAAUGACGACCAUGUUAUUGUUUGCAGAGAGCUAUGUACAAUUUUUGCAUAAGGCCAAUUGUUUGUUUUCCCUUUUCCUCAACUAAAAUGACUGUAGGUAGAACGGUGGGAAAAUAUUUUAUUUGGAGGAAUACCUUUUCAUACACAGUUUAAGCAUACUCCAGAACAUCCAAGUUAACUCACACAAAACGCACACAGAGACAAAAAAAGGAUAACAAGUUGGUGGAGAAAGGAAACGAGCAGAAUUUUAACUAAAGGCCUAAUCGUGUAUUUGUUAUUAAUUUGUGUACUGUAACAAAGAAGUAAAUAUAUAUAAUAAG